AUGAUUAGUAGACCAUUGACUGAUAUGCUCAAAAAGAAUAAUUUCACAUGGACACCUGAAUCUAGAGCAGCUUUUGAGACACUUAAAGUAGCCAUGUCUCAGGCCCCUAUUCUUGCUUUGCCUGAUUUCACUAAACCAUUCUGUUUGGAAACCGAUGCAAGUUCUACUAGUAUUGGAGCUGUUGGCACAGAAACUCACUUCUGCACUGCCUAUCAUCCUGAAACGGAUGGCCAAACUGAAAGAACAGUACAUGAGUUAUUUGAACAGAGAGAUAUUAUGAACAAGAUUUUACAUGAACAGUUACAGAGGGCACAAACAAGAAUGAAAGCAUAUGCAUACAAGAAGCGUACAUAUAAGGAAUUUCAGACGAACUUUGGGAAUGAAAAUGCCACAUGGGAUGACUACACUGUUUUGCGAGCACAAUUUCCAGGAUUUGAUCCUUGGGGUCAAGGAUCGACUGAAGAGGGGGGUAUUGUCAUGGUAGCAGGAGAAAUAGAGAAGAGAUUUGGGGAAGAGAUAGAAUUAGGGUUCAGGGAAUUAGGAACUCGAAGGCUAGGGAUUUGGGAGAAAGAGGAAUCAAGAAACUUACCUGAUGGAAUUAUGGUUUUAGAGCAGACCAAGAGAGAUAACCAAUCUGAUGGGUAUGUGGAAUCGGGUUGGCCUGAUAGAGAGACCCAAGUCAUUACAGCCAUUGAAGACCAGGAGAUUAUGACAACCCAAUCGUGA